UGGAAUUCUCCAAAGGAGAAGUGUGGGGCAUACAUGGGCUGCAAAGAGCAGCUGCUGAAUAAAGCAUUGGAAAUGAUGGCUGAAGAGAAGACUGCUGAUGUGGUGCCAUCUAGAAAAACAGAGGUAUCUUCAUCCACAGACACGACACCAGGCACAGGACCCGAAGUGGCAUUUGCUAAAGAUACAGAAGAGACCAGGAAACCAGAUGUGAUGCUGUCAGAUGUCAUGCAGCCAUCCAGUGAAUCCGAUCUAUUCCUGGCUGAGGACAUGGAAGGACGUGUAGGAACAGAGGUGGCCCCUGUUAAGGAUGUCAUAUUGCCGACAGAAGAUGUAUCUUUGACCAAGGAUAUGGCACCUCCUACAGAAACUGAAAUGGUCCCAGGCAAGGAUGUGACACUGCCCAAAGAAACAGAGCUCACAUUUGCAGUAAAAAUGGACUUGGUACCACCUGAGGAUAUGGUACUUCCCAAAGAAACAGAGCUAGCCCCGGCCAGUGUCAUGGUUUCCUCCUCAGCAAUAGAAGCAGCACUGGCAAAGGAUGCUGAGUCCUCUGUGGAAAUACCCUCGGCUGAGGAGAUGGACUUGUCCUCAGAAACAGAGGUGGGCUUGAUAAGGGACUUGGCACUGUCCUCAGACACCCUGAUCAUCUUGACAAAGGAUGUAACAUUGCCCUUAGAAACAGAGGGAUCUCUGGCUGAGAGCAUGACUCCAUCUCUGGAAAGUGAAAUGACUCAGGAUAAGGAUAUGGCUCUACCCCCUGAAGCAAAAUUGGACAUGGUCAGAGAUAUGACUCCACUCCCAGAAUCAGAAGUGUCUCUGGGCAAGGAAGUGGUUAUACUUUCAGAAACAAAGGUGACUAAGAUCAACAAUUCGACCCCUCUUUCAGAAAAAGAGGUGGCCUCAAUCAAGGACAUUUCUCUGUCUCCAGAAACAGAGGCUUCCCUGGCUGAGGAUACCGUUCUGCCCUUAGGAACAGGGUUGACCCUGGACAACAAUGUGACUCCAGCCAAGGAUGUUGCGAUACUCUCGGAAACAGAAGUAGCAGCAGCUCAAAUUAAAGACAAGGAAAAUGCACAGUCCCAAGAACUAAGUAAAGACUCCCAGUUAGAAUCUGUCCAGCACAAGGGGCAGUCAGCAGUACCUCCUUGCAUGAUUCUACCAGAACCAGUCAAAGCUGCAGACCAAAAGUCUAACUUGCCAGUAGAUGAAGGUACUCUGCUAGAGAACUUAGAGCAGAAGGAAACCUCCAGCAGUCAGUCUUCUGACUUUCUGCAGGCAUGCUUCCCGGUGACUCAUUUGCUCCCAUGGCUGUUGGAUCUCAGGAGUGGUCUGUGGAAGCCUCAGACUCUCCAUACUCAGAAUCCUUGGUUUCUCCAGAAGGUAGUCUAGAAAUCCUACAGCCGGCAGCAGAGUGAU